CUUCUGCAAAUACCUGUUGACCACAGACAGCCAUCCGCCCUGCGGCUCGUCUUCUCCCGCUGGCCGCCGCGCCGCCGCUGCGGGGCAAGCAAGAGAUGCAGGCCGCAGCUGCCGUCCGGAGGGGCGCCACGGCGUGGGCGGCGUCGCAGUUUCACUCCUCCGCCGCCGUGCUCUCCAAAUCCACGCCUCAUAUCCGGUUCGCUGUUCGUGAAAAGCGCAGGGAUGCAAAGAGUGCCCUUAAAAACAUUCUGCUCAAUGGCAGCCCGUAUCAGGAAAGCAGUAAAAAACAAAUGAGAAAGCAGAAAGGUAGUGGCACACCAAAUGUCCAGCGUUCUUAUCCAGGAAAAAAUCCAUAUGGCAAAAAUAAGCGUGGGCAGAACUGGAAAAGCUUUGAUGAUGAUGAAUGCACAGAUACACCAUAUGGUACCUUUGGUGGUAAGAGAUCUUUUACAUGGUACUGGCCUGGGGAGAAUGACGAGCUUGGUAGCUCUCCUAGUGGUUUUCAGUGGAGGGAUGAAUCUCAGUCUGCCAAAUCAAGGAAAAAGUUCUUGAAUGAAAGUGAUGUCGAUGAGGAAGAGGAGUCAGCCCAUGAUGAUCUGCGAAGCUAUAGGAUCUCUCUCGGGUUGCCAAUUUUAGGCCCCUUAAAAUUGGAACAUAUUAAGGCUGCUUUUCGCGCAUCUGCUCUCAAGUGGCACCCGGACAGGCAUCAAGGACCUUCACAGGCUGAAGCAGAGGAAAAAUUCAGACGCUGUGUGGAAGCAUACAACGCAUUGACAUGUGCCUUCAAGUCAAGUGGCUAACUACCUUGGGCCCAUGCAAUGCAAGUGCAAGGAAACUUUUUGACGAUUUUUUUAGAACUUCUAAUGAUGUGUGGAGCUGCUAUAGUUUCAGGACACAGAGAAUCUAUCAGAAGAAAGUGAAGUUUAGAGUUUUGACUUCAUGUUGAUAACGAAGCAUAAAGAAUAUUCUGUAUUGAAAACAUAGAUUGGGUCGGUCCUUUCAAAGGGAACAUAGAUUGGGUCGAUCCUGCCAUAUCAAUGGAGGGGAAGCAAAUUAUUGGGUUCAUUUGUAUGUUUGCUUCCACUGUCGCUGUAAGAGUACUGUUCCAUAGAGUUUGCUGUAGAAAUGCUUUGUUUGACCUAAAAGACGUCAGGUGCUACUGUUGAUGAAAA